AUGGUGAACAGACAGGAGAGGAAAUUUGUGGGUGGAUCUGGUCAAGUGAGUGAGUGGAUCAUGGAGCUUCUUGGGGACCAAGUGAAGCUGGAGAGGCCUGUGAUCAGCAUUGACUACACAGGAGAAAAUAUCCUUGUGAAGACCCUAAACCAUGAGAUCUAUGAGACUAAAUAUGUGAUUAGUACUAUUCCUCCUACUCUGGGCAUGAAGAGUCACUUCAAUCCCCCUCUGCCAAUGAUGAGAAACCAGCUGAUCACUCGUGUGCCUUUGGGUUUAGUCACCAAGUGUAUAGUUUAUUAUAAAGAGCCCUUCUGGAGUAAAAAGGAUUACUGUGGAACCAUGAUUAUUGAAGGAGAGGAAGUUCCAAUUUCCUACACAUUGGAUGAUACCAAACCUGACGGCAACUAUGCUGCUAUAAUGGGAUUUAUCCUUGCUCACAAAGCCAGAAGGCUGGCAUGUCCUACCAAAGAAGAAAGGAUGAAGAAACUUUGUGAGCUUUAUGCAAAAGUUCUGGGCUCCCAAGAAGCUCUGAAGCCAUUACAUUAUGAAGAGAAGAAUUGGUGUGAGGAGCAGUACUCUGGGGGCUGCUACACAACCUACUUCCCUCCUGGGAUCAUGACUCAAUAUGGAAGGGUACUACGCCAGCCAGUGGGCAGGAUUUAUUUUGCAGGCACUGAGACUGCCACGCACUGGAGUGGCUACUUGGAGGGCGCUGUGGAGGCUGGAGAGAGAGUGGCCCAAGAGGUCCUGCCUGCCACAGGGAAGAUUCCAGAGGAUGAAAUCUGGCAGUCAGAACCAGAGUCUGCGGAUGUCCCUGUGCAACCCACCACUACGACCUUCUUGGAGAGACAUUUUCCCUCCGUGCCAGGCAGGCUGAAGUUCAUUGGAUUGACCACCAUCUUUUCGGCAGUGGCUCUCAGCUUCCUGGUGCACAAAAGGGCGCUGCUUGUGCGACUCUAG